UUGUCGCAUGUCUAGAGGCGCCUCAGUUCAAUGAUGCAAGACAGGCCCACGCAAAGAUUCCGAUUCGACUUUAUUAUCACUCUUGAAGCAUAGGAGGCACUAGAAAGUGCUAAGGGGAAGUUGCAGGUAUGUAACUCACCUGUAUAAUAUCGAUAGGAGAGGGCAUCAGCCCUAAGGGCUAGAUGAAUCUUUUAAGCGCCGUUCAUCAUGGCGUUCGCAAUCGACUACUUGUGGAUCUUAAUUGCAAGCAGAGCGCAAAAUACAUUUCAGGGUAUUCAUAUUUGUGGAACCAUAGUCUGUAUCCGUAUAUGCACAUAUUUCAUUACCCAUCAAUGGUCGUGCUAUAUAAGACCGCCCCAGCUUCACAGAGGAUGGAACCUCGACAUCAAGACUCACCUGGUAGAAUGUCGAACGGAACUGAUCCCCAUAGGCUACCACUACCAAACUGGUGGAAGGUCCCAAACUCUGAAGAUUUUCCUAUAUGCUCCGUGCUGUUUCGACUACUUUGUCUGAUCUCCGUAGGAAGAUAUUCCCUUGACUAUCACUGGAAUUCUAAGGUAGACGAGGGUGAGUGGGAUAAACAUAGGAAGAUGGUUGUCAAGAGACUGAAUAAUAUUAACAUUGUGACAAGCUUGGUAGCGCUUUCAGCAGUCAGGACAUGAAAGAAUUAUAACACUUGAUUUGCAGGUGUUCACUAUUUCCGCGGUCUUUCUUUCAAUGCAACCUCCCCUGACAUCAUUUCUUCCAUACACAACACCCACUUGCUAUGUUUUUGCUUUCGGGUCAUUGGCAUAUGCCCUCAGUGGCCUGGCCUGUGGUGUAGGUGUGGUCAACAUAUACGAAGUCUCUGAUCGAGAAUGGACCAGAGAUGU